GCGCAGACUUCAGCCAGCAUACCUGCCGCGUGCCCUGCACAGGUGAGCGGCUGAGGUGACGCAGCUCAGUGCGGCUGUAAAGCGGCGCAGAGGGUGGAGAUUUAGCGCCAACUGGAAUCUACGCCUCCUGACGUGGAGCUCAUCUGCGCUUUGCGAGGCGCCAGCUCGGAGCAGUUAGCCCGGCCUAAGCUCAGAAUCCCGGGCACCGCGAGCAGGAGAGAAGCCGAGGAGAGGCGGACACACUUGGAGAACCCGAGGGGACCUGAGGGGAACCCGCUGCGGGGUUAAACCUUCUUUUGGAGCUCUCAGCGGAGCAGGGUGAACUUCAAGGGAGGAACUUGAGGUUUGCUCCCACGGACGCUUCCACGGCCCCGACUAUAAUGAGAGGAACACGGGAAGACACAGAAGCGAAGAGUGCUCCUGCCGAGGCCCCCAAACACACCACAGUCCGACUGAGGAAGAGGAAGGCAGAUGUUGCUAUUGUUUUACCGGAUCUGGAUGAGGAGGUAGCAGAGAUGACGAAGAAGAAGCAGCGCGAGUGUGAGCCGGGCUGGAGUCCUGCAGCUGAUCGCGCGAGUCCGCAGAGGUGGAUCCCCACGCCUGAUCAGGAGGAGCACCCGCCCGUCCCCCUGGUCAAUGCCAGCUUUCCUCAUUACAGCUUCCACAGCACGUGUGUGACGCCCGUGCACCACGCGCCACUGCCCGCGCUCUGCUGGGCCAGUAAGGAUGCCGUGUGGAACAACAUGCUGGAGAAAGACAAGACCUACACCAGAGACGUCCACAUGAUGGACAAACAUCCACACCUGCAGCCCAAGAUGAGGGCCAUCCUCCUGGACUGGCUCAUGGAGGUGAGCGAGGUCUAUAAGCUGCACAGGGAGACGUACCACCUCGCUCAGGACUACUUUGAUCGCUUCAUGGCCACCCAGAGAAACGUCCUCAAAUCCACGCUGCAGCUCAUCGGCAUCACCUGCCUGUUCAUCGCCGCCAAAGUCGAGGAGAUGUAUCCUCCUAAAGUCCACCAGUUUGCCUACGUGACAGACGAGGCCUGCACAGAAGACGAGAUUCUCAGCAUGGAGAUCAUCAUCAUGAAGGAGCUGAAGUGGAGCCUGAGCCCGCAGACUCCCGUGUCCUGGCUCAAUGUUUACAUGCAGGUGGCUUACCUGAAAGACACGGACGAGCUCCUCCUCCCCAGAUACCCGCAGGCCACCUUCACGCACAUCGCAGAGUUGUUGGACCUGUGCAUGCUGGACGUGCGCUGCCUCGAGUUUUCCAACGGCGUUCUCGCCGCUUCGGCACUGUUUCACUUCUCGUCCCUGGAGCUGGUGGAGAACGUGUCAGCUCUGAAGAGGGUGGAGGUGGAGGAGUGCGUGAGGUGGAUGGUGCCGUUUGCGAUGGCGCUGCGAGAGGUCGGCAGUUCGCCGAUGAAAACAUUCCCGGGAAUCUCCGCGGAUGACAUGCACAACAUCCAGACACACGCCCCCUACAUGACCUGGCUGGAAAAGGCGUACUCCUACCAGGAGGUGGAGCUGCAGCGUCACGGCGGCUGCCCCGUCCCCUCGGGCGUCCUGACUCCGCCCCUGAGCAGCGAGAAGACAGACGAGCCGGAUCGAGGCGAGGCCACCGUGGUUAAGAUCAGAGCCAGCAUGGAGUCUCCGCCCCCCCAGUAGCAGAGCGCUGCUGACGCCGGCGGGACGGGAAAGCUCGGCGUGUUGGAUUUGAGUUUCAGCUGAGAUUAAAUUUUUAAUUCCAGGGAGGGGAAACAGUAUUUUGUGCUUUCAGGGAGCUUCUCAGAGCCUCUGUGGGCGCUGCCGAUGGCAGCGAGGCGACGCUCCGGUCUGAGCGCGAGCAGAGGAGACUUUGUUUUCAUGCUUUUUAUUAGCGGUGCUGCUGAACGCUCGCAUCAAGUCCAACCACGCCUUUAUUUUCUAUGCAGAGGCCAAACUGAGGAGACCUUUAGGGUGUGUGUGUGUGUGUGUGUGUGUGUGUGUGUGUGUGUGUGUGUGUGUGUGUGUGUGUGUGUGUGUGUGUGUGUGUGUGUGUGUGUGUGUAAAUAAAUUAGUGGCCUCAUUUGCCCACAAACUAUUUCUAGGGUCGUGUUUGGCUCUACGUGCUGCUAUAAAGUGGGCUGAGCAUGAUGGGAACACUGUGUGUGUGUGUGUGUGUGUGUGCGUGUGUGUGUGUGCGUGUGCAUGUGCGUGCGCCUUUUUAAUGGGCCCAGUGUGGCCAUGUUCUGCUUGGGGACCGGUAGCUUGGCUACCUUGAUGGACAGGUGAACCAGCCGGGCUUCAGAAGCUAAAUGUUGAUUGUACUGAACUUUGAACUUUGACCUUUUUAAUCCCAAAAAUCUCUCUACAUGAUUUUUGUUUUUUAAUGAAAUGCUGCUACAUGUUUUCCAAUAAAGGUUUUUAAGCUCUU